CGCACCCAGGCGCGCUCCCGGGCACCCCAGCCCGCCUCUGCUCCCGCACCCCUCUCCCGGGCCUCGGUAGGCGAGGACACGUCAGGGGACAUAAAUAAAUAAAUAAUUCCAUUCAGCGGAUGACAGCGAGGCCAGGCGGCUGCUGCUGGGCGGGGGGACCGGGAGAGCGGCGGUGCGCACCGGGUGUCAGAGUCAGGCAUGGAGCUGUCAGGUGCUAGUGAAGCUAAGAGAUCAGACUGACCUUGGUUAAGUGCAGAGAGGAGGCGGACACUUCACAUACCAUUGGAAACACGUGGACAGAUAACAGUACACCUUGUGUGAACGUGAAUGCUGUCUUCACCGAAUUGCACCACCCUUCAUAUGUUACUAGGAGUCAAGCUUGGCAAGUGGUGCUCUCCUGUGGAGACUUACACAAGGGUAUCCAGGCACCGAGAACUCAGAACAGUACACCAGUAGAGCUAUCUUGUGAGUUCCCUUGAUGUGCAAUGAUAAUCUGGAGUCUGCUCUACCUCUCCCUUCAUAUUGCCUUCAAAUAUUGUACGUCAACACAAAGUGACUAGGCUUAAAUAUUCUACACACCACCCAAAGCUGUUAAAGUGUUCAUCUGACAACAGGUCACCUUAGUCUCCAGUAGAAGUGCAGAAAUGCCAUCAGAAGCUUCCGUGCCGCUUCCACAACCAAUUCCUCCCGACGGAGGGUGGGGCUGGGUCGUAGUCUGUGCAUCCUUUAUCUCCAUUGGAUUUUCAUAUGCCUUCCCCAAAGCUGUCACAGUAUUCUUCAAAGACAUCCAGGAAAUAUUCAACACCACCUCCAGUCAGAUCGCAUGGAUAUCGUCCAUCAUGCUAGCUGUCAUGUAUGCGGGAGGUCCCAUCAGUAGUGUGUUGGUGAAUAACUAUGGCAGCCGGCCUGUGGUGAUAGUGGGAGGACUAUUAUGCUGCACUGGAAUGAUCUUGGCUUCUUACAGCAACAGCGUGAUAGAGCUUUAUCUCACCGUUGGCUUCAUUGGAGGUUUAGGAUUAGCAUUCAACCUGCAACCUGCCUUAACAAUAAUUGGAAAAUACUUCUAUAGAAGACGACCACUUGCAAAUGGCUGUGCCAUGGCUGGAAGUCCUGUUUUCUUAAGCACACUGGCUCCUUUCAAUCAGUACCUAUUUAACAACUAUGGCUGGAAGGGGAGUUUUUUGAUUUUGGGAGGCAUAUUUUUGCACUCCUGUGUGGCUGGGUGCCUCAUGAGACCUGUUGGGCCAAAUCCAAAUACUAAGAAGUCUAAAAGUAAGGUUGGCUCAAGACAUGAUUCAACUUUGAAGAAAGCCAGUAAGGUAUCAACAGCACAAAAGGUUAAUAGGUUUUUAGAUUUCAGCCUUUUUAUGCAUAGAGGAUUUUUGAUCUACCUAUCUGGAAACGUCAUAUUGUUUUUAGGGAUUUUUGCCCCUAUUAUAUUCUUGGCUCAAUACGCUAAACACAUAGGAGUGGAUGACUAUAACUCAGCUCUUUUACUGUCUGUGAUGGCUUUUAUCGAUAUGUUUGCUCGGCCUUCUGUAGGAUUAAUAGCCAACACUAGCUUAAUCCGUCCACGAAUCCAGUACCUCUUCAGCUCUGCAAUCAUCUUUACUGGCAUAUGCCAUCUCUUAUGCCCCCUAGCAACUUCCUACUCAGCUUUGGUAGUCUACGUUGUAUUUUUUGGAUUGGGAUUUGGAAGUAUUAGCAGUCUCCUCUUUGAAUGCCUUAUGGACAUUGUUGGAGCUACCAGGUUCUCCAGUGCUGUGGGACUCACAACAAUCGUGGAGUGUUGUCCAGUUCUUUUCGGUCCUCCUCUGGCUGGUAAAUUGCUUGAUAUAACUGGAGAAUAUAAAUACCUGUACAUAGCCAGUGGAGCAGUCGUGUUAGUAUCAGGCACUUACCUACUGAUUGGCAAUGCUAUAAACUAUAGACUUCUCGAGAAGGAAAGGAAGAGAGAGAAGGCAAAGAAGAAGAAGUCAGUUUCACACGCGUCCAGAGAAAUGGAGGCCCUGAACAGAUCUAAACAGGACGAAGUUACUGUCAAAGUUUCAAAUGCAGCACACAGCCCUCCCUCAGACAGGGACAAAGAGAGUAAUAUUUAACAAGUCUCAUCGCCGAAGAAUCAGUGUUCAUGAAUUUCAUCAUGAGUUUCUUUGUGUGUGUGUGUUUUUAUUUUCUAAAGAAUUGCAAAGGAUUUUAGCUGCAACAAAAACAUCGCAAACAGUAACAAAACUGGUAUCUUCCUCAAUGCCAUAGUAUAAACUCAUGCUUUAACAUAUGUUGGGAUGGUCAACUCUUGAGAUGGUGCACGUAGAAAACCCAUGCACUUGCUCAUCUUCACACCUGAGUUGUGAUGAAAACAACGAAUUUUUUAAAUCUUCCACCGACUUUUACUUUUAGCUGCAGAAUUAGAUCUGUAUUCCAGACCUUGGCUCACCUAAGCACAAUUCAAAAUUAAUACUACAAAAUGACUCUCUUGAAGGUUCAUUUUUUUCAUUUGAUAUUAAAUCAUGAAGUGAAUUGAGGACAAUCAGUUUUUCUUUUCAACACACAAAGAAUUACACAUGUAUCUAUGAAAACACUGAGUAUCGGGAGAUCAUAAAGAAAUAAAUGGAUUUGAAAAAAUUA